AGCUAGGAAAGAGAUCUCUGCAGCUCUACCUACUUGGAGAUCCUGUUCAUUGUGCUUUUUACCCUUUUUCUUUUCAAUUAAAUAUAUUAAAUUCAUAGAAAAAGCUCACCGCGCUUUUGUUUUUCACUUUUCUUGCAAAAGUGUUUUCUUUACUACAAAGUCUACAGUUCUGUAAUUUCAAAAGAAUCUUCCAUCUCUGAAUCCCAUUUCUCUCUCGUUCCAAGUUCCAAGACCAAUCUGAUGUGAAUGUGGCAGCUUCGAGCUUACUUGAGAUUGAGUUCAUGUCUGAGAACAGCAAACAGAGUUGUCCAGAGAGAAGGAGCAGAUGGGUAUUUAAUGUUUUGAAAACCAUAGGAUAGAGUUAAUAGUAACUGGAUCGAAGUUAACUUCACAGACGAUAAGUGACGUCGUUUUUGGGAAAAUAGUGUUGUUUGGCCGUGAGAUUUGUUUACAAUGGCAGAAAAUAAUGGAAACCAAAUGCGUUCAUUGGCUUUGACUCCAACAUGGUCUGUUGCUACGGUGUUGACUAUCUUUGUUGUUGUUUCUUUGCUUGUGGAGCGCUCAAUCCACCGCCUAAGCAAUUGGUUGCGGAAAACUAAUAGAAAGCCUCUGCUAGCAGCAGUGGAGAAAAUGAAAGAAGAGAUGAUGCUGCUUGGAUUCAUUUCACUCCUUUUAACAGCCACGUCAAGCUUAAUAGCAAAUAUCUGCAUUCCAUCAAAGUUUUAUGAUAGUAAAUUUGCUCCGUGCUUCAGAGCUGAGAUUGAUGAAGAAACUGAAAAUUUAUCUUCUAAAGGCCGUAAAUUGUUGACAAGUUUUUCUUUUCCUCAUCCAUUUAGAAGAAUGUUGAGUGAAUUGAAUCAGAACACCUGCAAAGAGGGGUACGAGCCAUUUGUUUCAUAUCAAGGUCUUGAGCAGUUGCACCGCUUCAUAUUUGUCAUGGCAAUCACACAUGUUUCUUACAGCUGCUUAACUAUGUUGUUGGCUAUUGUGAAGAUUCACAGUUGGAGAGUAUGGGAGGAUGAGGCUCGUAUGGACCAGAAUGAUUGUUUAACUGAAAUCAGAGAUUUGACAAUGCGGAGGCAAACUACCUUUGUCAGAUAUCAUACAUCAAAUCCUUUAGUCAGGAAUAGUUUACUUAUCUGGGUGAUCUGCUUCUUCCGGCAAUUUGGGCGUUCAGUGGUUCGUUCUGAUUACCUUACCCUUCGCAAGGGCUUCAUUAUGAAUCACAACCUCAGUCCAAAAUAUGAUUUUCACAGCUAUAUGAUUAGUUCUAUGGAAGAAGAAUUCCAAAGGAUUGUUGGCGUGAGUGGCCCCCUGUGGGGUUUUGUUGUUGCCUUCAUGCUGUUCAAUGUUAAAGGGUCUAAUCUCUAUUUCUGGAUUGCCAUCAUUCCUAUCACUCUUGUUCUCCUUGUGGGCACAAAGCUACAGCAUGUCAUUGCGACCUUGGCAUUGGAGAAUGCUGGCAUAACUGGAUUCUUUGCAGAAGCAAAGCUUAAACCAAGAGAUGAACUUUUCUGGUUCAAUAAGCCGGAACUAUUGUUGUCCUUGAUCCAUUUCAUUCUCUUCCAGAAUGCAUUUGAGCUGGCUUCAUUUUUUUGGUUCUGGUGGCAGUUUGGCUAUAAUUCAUGCUUUAUUCACAAUCAUUUUUUGGUCUAUGUGCGACUUAUUUUGGGAUUUGCCGGACAGUUUCUAUGCAGCUACAGCACCCUGCCUCUAUAUGCAUUGGUUACACAGAUGGGGACAAACUAUAAGGCGGCAUUGAUUCCACAGAGGAUUAGGGAGACAAUUCAUGGAUGGAAGAAAGCAGCUAGGAGGAAAAGAAGGCAUGGUCUUUUCGCUGAUGAUUCAACCAUACAUACAGACACAAGCACAGUAAUGUCAUUAGAGGAAUAUGAUCAUCAAUUGGUUGAUAUUCCUGAAACCACCAAUGGUACUGACACUGAAAUUGAGUUACAACCACCCAACGAUUCUACAACUCCCCCAGUUGCUAAUGAGACAUCCAGCAGAAUCAGUACACCUCUCCUUCGACCCUCUGCAUCUAUUUCUUCAUCAGCUACACCGCCAUAUUUUCUGACAGAAGUUAUUUCAAGAUCAUAUUCCAUGCCUCCUAGAAGAGAAUGACAGAAUAUCGAGUAUUAGAAAACAAUAUAUAAAAAGAAUACACGUCGAAUGCACUUAAACUGAACUGGGAAAGCAGCAGGCAUAUAAAAGUGAAAUGACUGAACCAUCAACAGUUCUUUCGCUCUCUUUCCCAGAUAUUGCCCAGGUUACGAUUCUCUUGGAAUACAACUAGGAUGUUAGUUGUAACUACAAUCUUGCAAAUACUGAAAUGUAACACAUAGUUGCAGUUGUACAAGUUCUUAGAUUCUUAACUUUCCAUCCAA